AUUAGUGUAUGCUUUUUUUUUAUUCACAAUAUAUUUACGUUAUAUAUUCACUGUAUAUAUACGUAUUGUGCAUAACGAUGGCUGACAGUAAAUGCAUACAGAUGAUUCAAACAAAUUUUUCAUUAUACGGCUUGGUAUUAUCAAGAGAGCUUAGAGUAUCUUUUGCAAAGCAAUUGUUAAAAAUACCACAAAAUGAACGUGAAUCUUGGCUUAAUCGUAUUAUAGAACUGAUUUUGGCUCAAAAUUUGGAUGAUCCACAUGUUGGAGCCGAACAUAUAAAAAUUGCUAUAGAAGAAUGCUUAGAACCAAAUAAAUUGAAAGACACAGAAACAGUGUUCAAUGUUAUAGAUGGAUAUAAUAUACCAAAGAUAAAAUAUGAUAUUUCUAAAAAGAAAUUUGUCAUUGACAAUGAGAACUCAUAUCCUGAAACUCAAUAUAAAUCAUUGGUUUUUAAAUAUCGUUUUGAAAUGGCAUGGUAUAAAACUCUAAGACACAAACAAUUUCUGUCAUCUAAAUUUGAAAAACAGCAAACACAUAAAACAAAUUUAAUACCUAUUGAAUAUCUGUUAAGUGAGCUGAGAACAGGGAAUGUAUGUAUAAUGGGUCUGAUAACACAAUUAAUGGAAGAUCAAUAUUAUCUAGAAGAUACAAGUGGAACUGUCAAGAUUGACCUCAGCAAUACAGAUUUUCAAGAUACUUUUAUCAUGGAAGGCUUUAUAGUAAUAGCUAAUGGUGUUUACAAGGAUGAUGUAUUACAUGUAAAAACUAUUGACCUUCCGCCAAUAGAAUCGUCGGAAAGUUUGCGAUCAGAUUUUGGCGACACAAAUACAUUUGGUGGCUCACAUAAUAUAUCCCUAAAAAUGUCAGAAAAAUUACAAAUCCACGAAGAAACUAACCAGGAUGGAAUGAUAGUAUUCAUAGCAGAAUUAUGGUUGGAUGUUCCACAUGUUUUACAAAAAUUUAAGACAAUACUGGAUGGUUACAUGGAUUAUCCUCCUAUAGCUUUUGUAUUGUGUGGUCAUUUUUUAAGCUUUCCUACAAAUAUAACUAGUGCGAAAACUUUGAUAACUGGUUUUAAAAAUUUAGUUGAAAUAAUAACACAAUAUACAAGUAUAAAGGAAUUUACGAAAUUUAUUUUUGUACCUGGCCCACAUGAUUUAGGUUCUCCUAAAAUUUUACCAAAACCUCCUUUGCCCAAAUGCAUUAUUGAAGAAGUUACAAAAAUGAUACCAAACGCUAUUUUUACAACAAAUCCAUGUAGAAUACAGUAUUGUACAAAGGAAAUUGUAAUAUUAAGAGAAGAUAUGUUGACAAAAAUGUGUAGGAAUGCGCUUCAUUUUCCGAAAGAAGAACACUUUUUUAAACAUUUUGCCAAAGCCAUCAUCAGUCAAUCACAUCUGACCCCAGUGCCUCUUCAAGUUGUUCCAGUAUAUUGGAAAUAUGACCAUGCUUUACAGAUAUUUCCAACACCAGAUCUCAUUGUGAUUGCUGACAAUUUUGAAACAUAUACGACUAACUAUUCCGAUUGUUAUGUGAUAAAUCCCGGAAUGUUCGCGAAAAACAAUUAUUCGUUUCAAUCUUAUGUGCCUGCCAUUAAUCAAAUUCAAGAUUGUCAACUUCCAAACGACAUCAAUGUUACUUAAAUCGAGAAGGAAUAUAUUUAUAACUUCAUAAACAGGGGCGUGCCUAGUAUAUGCAUUUAUGUGUAAUGUGUGCCAAAGCUAGAGGUAACCGAAGCACGCCUCUGAUCAUGAACAUAUCUUUUUCUAAUUACCUGCUUUUCUUAUAUCUCCUACAUUAGAGGGGAUGACAAGAAUAUGUAUCAAAUUUGGACACAGAUGGAAUAGGACACAGAUGGUACGCGCAUGCUUACUUCUUCCCAUUAAUUCAUAUAAAUAGAUACAUUGAAUAUUAAACACAGUGUUUCUAUCGUUUUGCAAUAUACAUAACAUUAUACAGGUACAGACUGGGCCCCAAUUUAUUUCAAUUUUGUUGCGCUGGAAGUAUAAGUCAAUUACUGGCCGUAAUAAAUCAAAUACGUUUUUUAAGCGUAAAAAGUUGUUAAUGUCCAAUCGUAAUAUUACAACAUGAUAAUACUAACAUCUUGUGUGAGCAAUAUAAUUUUAUCCUUUAGCAACUAGUUGCUUUGAUACUAAAAAAUAUAGCGCAUACAGAUA